UCACCGCGCUGCCUGACUCCCCUGGUGCCGGACGAGAUGGAAGAGGAGGAAGGGAGGAGAGCUGAUAGUCCUGGAUGAGUUCUCAAGGACCUGGAGAACCCCGAGGUGCCCAGAGAGGAGGCUCUGUCUGGCAGGGACGUUAUCGACAGACCAUCAUGGAGGAACCCAGCAUGCUGCAGGCCUCAGCCAUGGAGGGUAGUAGGACCACCCUGAUGAGUUGUCAUGCAACACGUCCACCCCACACGGACUCAAACACAAGGCCCACGACAAGGAGGCUGGCCUGCCUAUGGAGCCCAGGAGCUCAGGCUGAUCUCUCAGUCCUCUCGUUAGCUCAGGCUGAUCAGUCGGUCCUCUCCGUGGCCCAGGUAGACCUGCCCCCAGAGGAGAGCCUCAACUUCACACAGCUGGUACUGAACUGGACCUGCUGGACAAGGAGAAGAAGGACAAAAGAUGACAGUGAUGAGGAUGAGGAGGGUGAUCCAACCCAGGACCAGGAGGAAGAAGAGGUGGAACAAGAGGAACCAGCAGAUGCUGCAUGGCCUUCAGGUAAACAAACAUGGUGUUAUUCACUACUUCAGGUAAACAAACAUGGUGUUAUUCACUUCUUCGGUAAACAAACAUCUUGUUAUUUACUACUUCAGGUAAACAAACAUGGUUUAUUCACUACUUCAGGAAACAAACAUGGUGUUAUCACUUCUCAGGUAAACACACAUGGUGUAUUCACUUCUUCAGGUAAACAAACAUGGUGUUAUUCAUUCUUCAGGUAAACAAACAUGUGUUAU